ACGUCUAUCUUGAAAGAUGGCAGGGUCAGAUCUCUCUAUCACAUGUCACGUUUCCCUGUUUGAAGUCCCACCAUCAACUAUGGAGACGUUCUGCCAAAUGAUGGACUGCAGUGAUGGGGACUUGGGAUGGAGAGGGCUGGCGGCACGUCUCUCCACAGACUGGAUGGAGUUCCGAAAGAUUGAGAAAUAUGCAGAACAAGGUAAAAGCAGAACACGGGAACUGCUAUGGAGCUGGGCCCAAAAAAACAAAACAGUGGGCGACCUUCUGAUGGUCCUCCACAUGAUGGGACAUGAGAGAGCUAUACAUCUAUUUAACAGCCAAGGUACAGAACAUUCCGGAGCCAGUUUAUUCCUUGCGCAUGAUUCAGAUCGCACAUUCAAUAAAACAAACACCACCUUCAAGAACUGUGGAGGUCAAACAGUGGAAUUUGUAUCAAGGGGUACAUCUGGAUCUCAUCACAAAGUAGACAGAAUUAACCUGCCACCAGCCAGCUUUACAGCAAUCAAAGAAGGGACUAACAACUUUCAUCAAGAUUUGUUGAUUGGAGAAGGAUUCUUUUUUGACAUUUACAAAGCUGAAAUUCAAAAACAAAUGUGUGUUGUAAAAGUGCUUAAAAAGAAAAUACAUUCAGGAGACAAAUGGAAUUUAUUUAUUUCACAAUGGAAAAGUUUACAAAGAUUUCAGCAUCCAAAUAUAAUAGAACUCCUUGGAUAUUUUUCAUCUGAUGAAACUACAUGUUUAGUAUACCCAUAUCUUGUAAAUGGAUCUCUCUACGACAGGAUACACUGCACUGCAAACAGUGCGUCGUUGUCCUGGAAAGUCCGUUUCAGUAUUCUGCAUGGAGUAGCACAAGCCAUCCAAUAUCUCCACAAUUUAACGUAUAAUCCUGUCAUAUGUGGGAAUAUAACCAGCAAAAAUAUACUGCUUGAUCAGCAUUUCCAGCCGAAGCUCUCAGACUUUGCCAUGGUCCAUUUGCGGUCUUACCUGAUAAAUCACAGUUACACCAUAAAGAUGGAUCAAGCCACCCUCAGCUUCCUGGGAUACUUGCCAGUGGAGUACAUUAGAAGAGGAAAUUUGUCAUCUAAAACUGAUGUGUACAGCUAUGGCAUUAUAAUGAUGGAAGUUUUAACUGGAAAACCAGCUCUUCUCAAAGGAUCUGAAAAUAUGUGUCUGAGAGAUUUGAUGUGGGACCUGACAGAGAAAGGAGGAUCUGAGUCUCUUCUUGGAAUCCUGGAUGAAAAAUGUGACAGCUGGCCCCAGUUUACUGCACACAGACUCUUUGGUUUAUCAAUUGAAUGUACUGAAUCACGAAUGAAACAAAGACCCGAUAUGCAAGAGGUUCUAAAAAGAGUAGAGACCUCCAGGUGUGCUGACCACAGUAAGGAGGAUGAUCCUAAAUCUCUGAAGUCUGUUCCACCGUUGGAUUAUCCUUCUCCGACACAACUGAAUUAUCAUAAUGUUCCCAUGGAGAGUGAUGAAAGUCUGGACUACCCAAUGAACAUGACACAAAUAAAAAAACCGCUAGGAAACCCUUGUGAAUGCAGUCAAUCUGAAGUGACGUUCCUAGGAGUGCCCAGAAAACUUGAGGCAUACAGGACUGCGGAUAAUGUCCCAUCAGUGAUGGAAAGAGAUUCCCUGCUGCACUCUCUCUAUAUACAACCUCGAACAUCCCAUUCCAGCAGACCAAUUGAGUGUAGCUGUGCAUCGGAGCCAGAUAACACAAGGUCCUGUGAAGAGUGCAUAGCCAAUGGAUUUGGGCACAGUGACUUCAAUGCAAAAUAAUGCUGAUCAAGAGUGACGUGAAAGCGCACUUUUAUUUCCAAAGGGGGCACGGCAAAUGUAUGUAUUUCUGAAGCUGUGAUGCAAAGUCAUUCGGUAUCUGUCACAGACUACAAUCCACUUCUCAAAAA